CUUUCAGUUGGCUGCACUGAGUCAUCUUCCAGAAUCAAAAAGUGUGACGGACUAGCGAGAAAUUGUGAAUUUUGUGAAAAAAUAUAGUCAAAAAUGUCUACACUCGCUGCACCACUUGCUGUUGCUGGGACUAGGUCAUCCGGAUCUUCAGUCAGGAGUCAAAAUGUCACGGCAGCAGCUGCUAUUGCUAACAUUGUGAAGAGCUCCCUGGGCCCAGUGGGCCUGGACAAAAUGUUGGUGGAUGAUAUUGGAGAUGUCACAGUCACAAAUGAUGGUGCUACUAUCUUGAAAAUGCUGGAGGUGGAACACCCAGCAGCCAAGGUUUUGGUAGAACUGGCUCAGUUGCAGGAUGAGGAAGUUGGUGAUGGAACCACAUCUGUAGUCAUAGUUGCUGCUGAGUUAUUGAAGAGUGCAGAUGAACUGGUGAAGAAUAAAAUCCACCCGACCAGCAUUAUCUCGGGCUACAGGCUGGCCUGCAAGGAGGCUGUCAAGUAUGUGCAGGACAACCUCACCGUCACAGUGGAGUCACUCGGAAGGCCGUCACUCAUCAAUGCUGCUAAAACCACCAUGUCAUCCAAACUUAUUGGAGCUGAUUCAGAAUUCUUCGCCGAGAUUAUAGUAGAUGCAGCACAAGCUAUCAAGGCUAUGGACCCUCGCGGCAACACAAUCUACCCCAUCAAGGCCGUCAAUAUCCUGAAGGCCCACGGACGGAGCGCUCGGGAGAGUGUCCUGGUGAAGGGAUACGCCCUCAACUGCACCGUCGCCUCUCAGGCCAUGCCCAAGAAGAUUGUGAAUGCUAAAAUUGCGUGCUUGGACUUCUCGCUACAGAAGACGAAGAUGAAAAUGGGUGUUCAGGUACUGGUCUCCGACCCCGAGAAGCUAGAAGCGAUCCGCGCCCGCGAGCUUGACAUCACCAAGGAGCGGCUACAGAAGAUCCUCGCCACCGGCGUCAACGUCGUACUCUGCUCCGGCGGCAUCGACGACCUCUGCCUCAAAUACUUCGUGGAGGCCGGCGCCAUGGGCGUGAGGAGAUGCAAGAAGGCUGACUUAAAGAGGAUCGCUAAGGCUACUGGAGCCACUUUCCUGACGUCACUGACUAAUAUGGAAGGCGAGGAAGUGUUCGAGCCGAGCAUGAUCGGAGAAGCCGCCGAAGUUGUCCAGGAGCAGAUCUGUGAUGACCAGCUCAUUCUGAUCAAGGGACCUGUAGCUCGCACGGCUGCUUCAAUAAUCCUGCGCGGGCCGACAGACGCUUACUGCGACGAAAUGGAGCGCUCGGCUCACGACGCGCUGUGCGCCGUCCGCCGCGUGCUAGAGUCAGGUCGUUUGGUGCCCGGGGGCGGCGCUGUCGAAGCCGCGCUUUCUAUCUACCUGGAGAACUUCGCUACCACUCUGAGCUCCCGCGAGCAGCUGGCCAUCGCGGCGUUCGCGCAGUCACUGCUGGUGAUCCCCAAGACGCUGGCCGUGAACGCGGCGCGCGACGCCACCGAGCUCGUGGCCAAGCUGCGCGCAUACCACAACUCCUCGCAGACCAAGGUUGAACACGCCAACCUUAAAUGGGUGGGCCUGGACUUAACGGAAGGCACGCUCCGCGACAACCUCGCCGCCGGAGUGCUAGAACCCGCUAUAUCCAAGAUCAAAUCUCUGAAGUUCGCUACCGAAGCCGCCAUCACGAUCCUGCGCAUCGACGAUAUGAUCAAACUGGACCCCGAACAGAGAGGGAAGAGCUAUGAGGACGCCUGCCACGCGGGAGAACUCUAAUCUAUGGCGCAGUAUUUGAAACGAUCUCAUUCGACAAUUUGGGCUCAGUACACGCAGUGUGAGCCAUAAGUGCACGCCAUCGCGGACGCAGGCUGAACUUUGUCUGAAGCUUUUAGGUUCAGCCAAACCAACGCGAUCACACGCAAUCAGCCGGCCUGCAGCGAUGGCGAUCAAUGCAUUUAAGUCUGGUCGCCAUCGUUGCACGUCGGCUGAACACGUGUGAUCGCGUUGGUUUGGCUGAACCUUUACGCGACCUGGCCGCGCGACCAAAUUUCAUACAUGUCGUUGACAGCAGCACUUAUUCAUCCCAGGGGUGCUGACAUGAAUCGAGCUUUACACGCACUAUCAUACAAAUAACAAUGAGAUCGAAUUUAAUUAUAACUAUAUGACAGUAUGGAGUGCUUGAUGUGCCUGAAUGUUUGUUGCAUAUCGUUAUGGUGUGUCCGGGUUCUUAAAACAUUUAUUAUCCUGCUGGAUACGAACAGGAUCAAAUUGCAUUUUGACGGUACAGUCAGAAGUGUGAAUAUUUUUGUUAAAGAAACAUCUGUUAUUGGACUGUAGUAGAAAAUUAUAUUUUUAGCAGAAUCCUUGUUGAGUGUUUUAUGAUGAUGUGAAGUGAUUAUAUGCAAUUUCUUAAUUUUGUAAAACAAAUUAAUUCUGCUAUAUCUUCAGUAACUAUUUCACGUCACAAGUAAGCCUUCUGUUUCAAAGGAAACCUUCAUAUUUAUUAUGAAUAUGCUUAUAACAUUUAAUGCUAGUUUUAUAUCGCUAGGUUGUCCACUUAUGUCAACAAUUACUCUAAAAUAAAAUUUAAUUUUAAUAACUAA